GUGAGACCAGAUUUGGCCGAACACAUUUCUCCGUGCACGGGGUGCAUUUUUGCCUGCUGGCUAAUGGACUCUCCUGAGCACAUGGAAUGCUGCCAGAGCAGCCAGUCUUAUCGCUGUGCCAGGUGUCACCUGAGCCCUUAGAGAAGGAACUCCAGUUCUGCUCUCUUCAUAACAUUAAUGUUCCCACUCCCCAGUAACAGGAAGAGGGAUGGACCAGGAAAAGAAAAGGGCUGUGAUUGCUUUAAGGGGCUGGAGGGCCUAAUGCCUAUCAGAGAGGACUGGGAGCACUGCCCCCUCUCCUGUCCCUAGAACAGACUCCAAGGAAGGGCGAGGGUGGCAUGCAUGGAAUUUCAUCUCGUGUUCAUUUGUGACAUGGCUUUUAUUUCUAAAGUGCCCCUGGCAAACACUGGCUUUCCUUGGGGCUGGGCUUCAGACUUCUUGGGGCAUCUUUGAAAUCCUCAGCCGGAACCAUGGGUACUGAAGGCGCGUUGUAUUUGCACACAGCACCUCAACUCAGGAUCCGACGUCACGCCGGCACGUUUCCAGCUCGAUGCAGAGACAGAAGAUCUCCUUAGGGGGAGCAGACCGGUGAUGUGACGGGCACCAGCUACACACACCACCUGGCACUGCUUGUGGGGGAGGAGAGCUCUCUCCAGGCAUCAUGAUCCGGAGACUCCUGGACAGGCCCUGCACCUUGGCCCUGCUCAUUGGCUUCCAGUUUGCCUUCAUGGUGUACUUCUCCUUCGGCGGUUUCCGGAACCUGACCUCCAUCUUCGGGCGUGACUCGAACCCCGUCUUCGACUACUCCCGCACCCGGGAUGUGUACACCAACCUGAGUCACCUCCUGCCCCGGCCGCCUCCAGGCGGCAGCCCCACGGGGUCCCUGCCCUACUGCCCCGAGCGCUCGCCCUACCUCAUUGGCCCCCUGACAGUGAGCUUCAGUCAGGUGCUGACGCUGAAGCAGAUCGUGGAGAAGAACCCGGCGGUGAGGGAAGGGGGCAGAUACCGGCCUGUGACCUGCGAGCCCCGCUCCCGUACGGCCGUGAUCAUCCCUCACCGCAACCGGGAGACACACCUGCGCCACCUGCUUUACUACCUGCACCCCUUCCUGCAGCGCCAGCAGCUGCACUACGGCAUCUAUGUCAUCCACCAGGCUGGAAACUCCACCUUCAACCGGGCCAAGCUGCUGAACGUGGGAGUGAAGGAGGCUCUGAGGGACGAGGAGUGGGACUGCCUCUUCCUGCACGAUGUCGACCUCAUCCCUGAGAACGACCACAACCUGUACACCUGCGACCCCUGGAGCCCCAAGCACGUCUCCAUCGCCAUGAACAAGUUCGGCUACAGCCUCCCGUAUGCCCAGUACUUUGGCGGCGUGUCGGCGCUCACCCCAAAUCAGUAUCUGAAAAUGAACGGCUUCCCCAAUGAGUACUGGGGCUGGGGUGGGGAGGACGACGACAUUGCCACCAGGGUGCGUCUGGCUGGCAUGAAGAUCUCGCGCCCUCCCAUAUCAGUCGGCCACUACAAGAUGGUGAAGCACAAAGGCGACCAAGGCAAUGAGGAGAACCCGCACCGGUUUGACCUGCUGAUCCGGACACAGAGGAUGUGGACACAGGACGGCAUGAACUCGCUCACCUACACGCUGCUGGCCAAGGAGCUGCAUCCCCUGUACACAAACAUCACUGCUGACAUUGGGACUGACCCCCGGGUGCUGAAGGGCAGGAAGGGGUCUGUGCCCGGCUUCGGGGGGCAGAAGUACAAGACUGAGACCAACCAUGAGUUCAGGCAGGAGAUGCUGCGCAAAACGCAUCCUGCCAAGCUACCCUGGGCCACAGCAAACUGGGGGAAGCAGCCCCCACCCCUGCCCCAGAGGUCUGGACAGGAUGCUGGCCGAGGAGCGCCUACAGCCCCCGGGACACAGAGCGAGGGGCCUGGAGCCGCCGCAGGCCAGCUGGGGGGCAGGGAAGGGGCUGCAUGGGACAGCACCCAGAGGAAGGCCCAGGGGGGAGCUGCGGACAGCUCUGAGCCUCAGCGUGGAGCUGCUCAGGGCACCCAGCCGAGUGCCGGCAUCCCUCCACGGAGCCCUGACGCAUUGCAGCACAGCCAGGAGACCUCUAGCAAGGGGAAGCCUGAGUCUGGGGCAGUGGAUUUGGGUGGGGCUGAAAAUGCAGGGGGCAGUGCCCCACAGGCCCUGGCACAAGGGCAGCCCCCCCAGACACAGUGGGACAAUCAGACCUUCCCGCCGAGCACCCGCUAACCAGAGAGGGCCCUGGACAUCAGGAAUGGGGUCGGGGCAGCCAGAGACUCGCUGUGUGAGCUGAGCCCUUCCCAGCUCCUAGAACAAAGCCCAUGGGUCAUGUUGGACUGGAGGCACUGGCCCUGUGCUGCUCCCAUGUGCCAGGCUUGGUUGUGAGGCCUGGCACCCAGGGGCUCCUGCCCAGGCCAGGCGUGGACAAGUCUACAGGGUGGACCCUGUAUGAGCUGAUAGGUCUUGGGCCUGUUCACAGUGGGACAGGACCCAUCAGCCAGCUUGCCCCCACCGUUGGCACCUUUGUCUGCAGCCUCAGCACAGGCUGUGGCUUAGAGUCCCCCAAGCUGGGCUGUAAAGCAGAGAAGGUUGGCCCAUUGCUGGCUGUGUUGGCCCAGGAAACCAUCCUGCUGAGGCAGUAGAUCAGGGCAGAGCCUAGUAGCACAGGAGGCAGGGCGUAGUUUCCAGCAAGGAGGCUAAGCCCCCAGGAAUGAGACUGGUUGUGCUGGUAUCUGCUGCAUCUUCAUGAUGGGGCCCUAACCCAUGGGUGUGGUUACAGUAGGUCCCUGGCUGGGUCCUGCAGGGGCAACAGCUGCAGUCAGUCCUGGCAUGCUGCAGGGGAGAAGUAGGUGCUCUGGUGCCAUGGGCACGAGCUGGGGCAGAGCUGAGCAGUAGUGCCCCCUAGAAGCCUGGUGCUGUUGGGUGUUCAAGCCAAGUAUUAGCUGUAGUAGGCUCUUCCUGAGCCCAGGUGCCCUGCCCAAGACCCCUUCCCCCCCUUAGGGCUGUGACCUCAGGGGAGCUGAGAGUCCUUGAGCCUCAACCCCUCCCAUCCUGCUGGGCUCCUGAGGACAAGCUGAGCCAAAAUCCCUGUGCUGUAGGUGGGGCAAGCUCAUGUUUCCCCCCAAUCUAGCACCCCCUUCCCUCCCCCAGCCUGACCCAUGCUGGCAGGGAGGGGGGCCUAGGACUUCCUGUGUUGUACUGGAGAAAGCCCCCACCUGACUAGUCUGCCUGGGCCAAUCGUGAACUGCAGUGGGGCCCCAGGCUGCUCAUAGCACCCACUGCAUUGUGUGCAGCUGCUGGCAGCCCUUUGUCCUGGAAUUGGCUGCUGCCACCCCUGGGUGUUGCAGUGUGCCCUGGCCAGGCUGCUGAGUGGGGCACUGGGAUUUGGGUGGGGGGAGGCUGGGCUCAACUCUGACCCUUCACGCUGGAGCUGGUAUCCCUUUGGUGCUGGAUUUACAUACUACACUGGUCUGCUGCUGUUAAUCCUCUGCAGGUGGGAGGGGGCCCUGUGCCCUGAGGGGAAACACUGCUGGAAGUGGGCAGCACUGUGGCAGGGAGCUGCUCUCCCAGGGGGGGAGUGGGACAAGGGGACUUGGCUCCCUCCUUUCCUGGGGGCUAGUACUCACCUUGUGCCUGACUCCCCUGGCUGCUCUUGAGCUGGGGAGCCGCUAGCCUGGGCUUUUGGCCAUGUCCUUCCCCCAGUCCCUGGUGCAGCUGCCCGAGCAUUCAGCACCAGCAGCCUCCAUUGUACCUAGGUGUGCCCUUGGCGCGCACAGCCUGCUGGGGCAGGGCAGAAUCCCAGCCUCACCUCCCUGCCCCCUUAAAGCGAGAGGCAAAUGCUGGGUGCCCAGCCUCCCCUCCCCCUGCUGGCCAGGAGCCUCCAGGGGAACAGCUGGGCAAAUGGCCUGGGCUGGUCCUGCUGCCUGGAGCAGCAGGGAGAGGAGCCCCUCACUGGGAUUCCAGCUGGAGCCUUUCCCCUCCCCCAUGCUCUGGGCACGAGUGGCCCUGGUGCCUGGCCAGCCCUAGCCCCACUGGCAGCUGCCCAAGGGCCCAUAAGCCCAGGGCACCUCCAGGCCCAGCCAGGGUGCCAGCUGCUGCUGCUGAAAGGCCUGCAGGCAGCAGCUUCCCCAGCACUGAAUUCACUUUAAGGGAUGGGUGCUGAGAGUGAGCCAGGCUGCUCCCAUCCCCUCGCCCCAGAACAGUUUGUGACCUAGGGGGCUGUGUCUAGCCCCCACAGUGGUUUGGGGGAACCCCGGGGUUGAUCCUCCUCUAGCUGUUGACAAUUUGCUGUGGUUAUUUAUUUAGGAACGUGCUUGCCGUGCCUGGCGGCUGCUGUACCACACAGGAGCUGAAUAAAAUAUUUGGUUCCACAGUG